GCAAUCGGCGCUCGCCGCACGCGCACGGUACCGAGCGCGGCCCGCCCGGCCCCUCCCGCCGCUCGCGCCGCUCAGCCAUUUAGGAAGUCAUCCUGUGAGAUGAGAAGAGAAGGGGACCAGCUGUUAGCCUUGCCAGGGCCAUGGCCCUGCAGCAGCUAUGGUGGAAUCCUCCUUGUGCCACCAGUAGGGCCAGGAGCAGGCUGACCUCAGCAGCGGGAGAACAUGAGUCAGGUUCACCUUGCCCUUAAUCCAUGUGAAGAUCUGUUGGAAACACCUUCUGGAAACACAAGAGUUUUCAGUCUCCUAAUAAGUUCUGUUGUGUCCAAGAACAGCCUGUCCAAAUGAGCAAGACAUCCCAACAGAACACCACUACAGAUGCGAGUGGAGUAAGUGUGAUUCACACCCAAGCACACUCCAGUGGUUUGCAGCAGGUUCCCCAGCUGAUGCCAGUUAGUCCUGGUGGUGGAGGCAAAGCUGUGCCUCCGAGCAAACAGGGAAAGAAAAAUUCCUUUGUGGAUAGAAACAGUGAUGAGUAUCGUCAGCGCAGAGAGCGAAACAACAUGGCAGUGAAAAAGAGCCGGUUAAAAAGCAAGCAGAAAGCACAAGACACACUGCAAAGGGUCAACCAGCUUAAAGAAGAAAAUGAACGUUUAGAGGCAAAAAUUAAACUCCUGACCAAGGAGCUGAGCGUACUCAAAGACUUGUUCCUUGAGCAUGCCCACAAUUUUGCAGACAAUGUGCAACCUGUUGGCACUGAGACCACCACAACAAAUCCAGAAAACAGUGGACAGUAAACACCUGCGACCUUACGGAAUGAACUCUUGAGGUGCAGUUUGUCUGCAGUGCCCAUGCAGUAACCAACCAAAAACUGUACCUUUAGUCAUUGUUUUGUGGAAAUUUCUUCUUUUAGAUUUAACACUGAAGAUUUGUAACAAACCAGAAACUAGUUAGGGUAUUUGUUUUAAAUACUUUUUUCUGCAAAGAUUUAUGCAGAUCUGAACUCCUAGCCAACAAGGAAUGUAAUAUUUAGGAGAUAACAUUUUCACAGGAAUGUUCACUUACCAUUUUAGACUUUGCAUAAUGGGAGGAAUCCAGCAGGAUGGCUCACUAUAGUAUCAGAAACUUGUAAUUUGAUAGAUUUUUCAAAUACCUGUUAGUGUAUUUAGGCCCUUUGUUUUCUCCAUUACGUAUUACAAAAUGCAAAGGCUGUGGAGAAUGCUUUUUACUUUAAAUCUGUAGAGCAAGUCCUAUGAAGCACCACGUAGGUCCCUCCUGCCCAGUUAUAGUUAAUGGGGACGUUGUAGUAAUAGUGAGGCUGGGAUGCUUACCAAGGUUCACCAGAAAAAUAACAAUAUGCUCUGAUGAUAAUAUACAGGCGGCCUCCAAAUGGCACAUGAAGCAUCAUGUACGAGAGGCAAAGCAGCACACUGACAAAGCCUUUUAUUUAAGCUUGUGUUCAUACUGCUCAGAUAUGCUCAGUGACUGGGGCCUUAUGAGAACAAGAGUUGGUUUUCAGAAAAUUUCAAAAUGCUACCAAAAAAACUGUGCCCUGCAAAAUUGCAUUCUUGCUGGGAAGGAGGUACUGGGGAGAACAAAAAGUGCAGCUUGGCUACACAGUGAAAGGGGCAGGACAGUAUAUUCAGCUGGGAUAUAUGGAUCUCUGCUGGCUGACAUUCAUCUUACAGAAAUUUACAGUGGUUUUAAAAAUAAAUGGCCCUAGCAUGAAUAACUGAUUCAGUGGAAUUUGUACAGGCAUCAUACAGCUGUGUGAAGGAGUAUCCUUGGUCUUGUGUUAUUUCCAUAGAAGUUUUUCUGUAGCAACUUUUUUAUUGCUACUGCUAAGUCUUUGCCAUGAUCCAUAAUGCAGUCCUAUGUGUUGUAUUGAGGAUUUAAACAAAGUAAAGCAGGAACUUUGAUGUAACUUUAAUUUAUUUUUAUUUUUAAGUAUUUCAUUGAUGGUAUGGCUAUUUUACAUUUAACCUGUGUGUCUGUCUUGUAGAUUACUACACUGUCUUAAUUUCCCUCUUACAGUACCUUUGUCCAUAGAUUAUUUUGGAGGAUGCUUGUUUGCUUUGUAUCUGUACUUAGGAAAAACUUGGAUGUUACCUCUAUGAAGAUAUUGUUAGAGAGUGAAACCUUGAAAAGUUAUUUUUUGAAUUUAAACUUUUAAUACAUGUGGAAAACUUUAAUGGAUUGUUUUGGAUUAUAGUAGACUUUUUACAGAUAUGUUUUUUCAUUCUAACUGCAUCUUAAGUUUGUAGGGUUGAAAUACCAGAAGCUAAUAAAAAUGUUUUGCUUGUA